UAAUCCAUCCCAAUUGCGCUCUCUCUCUCCCCUCCCCGCAGUUUUUGUCGAGGAGGUUCUUGUCGAUUUGCCUCUGUCUGAUUGUCUAUUUCGCUCCUGUCCUAUAUAUCCUCCACCAUGUUCUACAGGAGUAUGCUGCCGCGAGCGACGCCGCGGUCUGUCCUCCGCCCAGCCGGUGCCCAGUCUGCCCCUUCCACCUUCAUUGCUGCCCCGUCCCUGGCUGCUUUCGGCCGCUCAAAACGUGGCUUUGCUUCUGAGGCCGAAGAGCACGACCUUGUGAUCAUUGGUGGUGGUGUCGCUGGAUACGUUGCUGCCAUCAGAGCCGGUCAGGAAGGUCUGAAGACCGCGUGUAUCGAGAAGCGUGGAAAGCUCGGCGGAACCUGCCUCAACGUCGGAUGUAUCCCCUCGAAGUCUCUCCUCAACAACUCCCACCUCUACCACCAGAUUCUCCACGACACGAAAAAGCGCGGUAUCGAGGUUGGCGAUGUCAAGCUCAACCUGGAGCAGAUGAUGAACGCCAAGGACACCUCCGUUGACGGUUUGACCAAGGGUAUCGAGUUCCUGUUCAAGAAGAACGGUGUCGACUACGUCAAGGGAACCGGUGCUUUCGUCGACCAGAACACUGUCAAGGUCAAUCUCAACGAUGGCGGCGAGCAGGUCCUGCGUGGAAAGAACAUCAUCAUCGCCACCGGUAGCGAGGCCACCCCCUUCCCCGGCCUGAACAUCGAUGAGAAGAGAAUCAUCACCAGCACUGGCGCGCUUUCCCUGAAGGAGGUCCCCAAGAAGAUGGUUGUCAUUGGUGGUGGUAUCAUUGGUCUGGAGAUGGCUUCCGUCUGGUCUCGCCUCGGCUCUGAGGUUACCGUCGUCGAAUUCCUGAGCCAGAUCGGUGGCCCGGGUAUGGACGCUGAGAUCGCCAAGCAGGCCCAGAAGAUCCUGUCGAAGCAGGGUAUCAAGUUCAAGACCGGAACCAAGGUUACCAAGGGUGAUGACAGCGGUGCUACCGUUGCCCUGAGCGUCGAGUCUGCCAAGGGCGGCAAGGAGGAGACCCUGGACGCCGAUGUGGUCCUGGUCGCCAUCGGCCGCAGACCCUACACUGAGGGUCUUGCCCUGGAGAACAUUGGUAUCGAGAAGGAUGAGCGUGGUCGCCUGGUGAUCGACCAGGAGUACCGCACCAAGCUCCCCCACAUCCGUGUCAUUGGUGACUGCACCUUCGGCCCCAUGCUGGCUCACAAGGCCGAGGAGGAGGCCGUCGCCGCCAUCGAGUACAUCAAGAAGGGCUACGGCCACGUCAACUACGGUGUUAUUCCCAGCGUCAUGUACACUCACCCUGAGGUUUCCUGGGUUGGCCAGAACGAGGCUGAGGUCAAGGCCUCGGGCGUCAAGUACCGUGUCGGUACUUUCCCCUUCAGCGCCAACUCCCGCGCCAAGACCAACCUCGACACCGAGGGUCUCGUCAAGUUCAUUGCUGACGCCGAGACGGACCGCAUCCUUGGCGUUCACAUCAUCGGCGCCAACGCCGGUGAGAUGAUUGCCGAGGCCGCCCUGGCCCUCGAAUACGGCGCCUCCUGCGAGGAUGUCGCCCGCACCUGCCACGCCCACCCGACUCUCGCCGAGGCCUUCAAGGAGGCUGCCAUGGCCACCUACUCCAAGGCUAUCCACUUUUAGACAAGUAGAAGUGCAAGGCGACCACCAUAUAUUCCCAUUUCUUUCAUCUCGC